CAGGCAUAAAUAUGGAAACAGCUAAGGGCUCAGAGAUAAAGUGGACACUAAUUCUUUGGAGUCACCCAUGACCUUGACAUCCUAACCUAUAACACUUUAGGGCUGCCAAGCUCUUAUCAGGAUACAAACUAGAGAUGCUCAGAUUUCUUAUUUUUUGAAUUCUUACUAAUCAGUGUGAUAAUAUUUAGUGGGGGUUGCGUCUUUGCCCACAUAGGUAGACUGGGUAUGUCUAUAUAGUUAUAUGGGUGUUAGUUCAGUUCUCAGGUGUUCUCAUGACCAGUACUAUGUCAUUUGUGUUUGUAUCUCUCCCUCUAUAUUUGGCAAUGCGUUGACAUUUUUACAAUUCCUGAUCAUAAGGAGGUCAGGUCAUGAUUGGGUGAGGUGUCUGUGGACAGAAAUUGUGCUAAAGAAGAACAGUUCCUAUUUUUUCUGGUUGUGUGCGGAGUCAUCUACAAGAAGACGUCGAUACAUAAAUCUGAAAUCUAAGUCAUCUCCAAGCAUGGAUGAUUUGGGCUCGAUUUUCACUGAUGAGGAGUUGAGCCUCCUGAACUUCACUGAAUGGGAAUUCGUCGAGCCUGAGGACCUUGGUCCUGUGCUGGGGCCCCGUCACCUGUUCGCCCUGGUGUUCUAUAGCUUGGUCUUCCUGCUGGGGGUCCCGGGCAAUGCUCUGGUGGUGUGGGUGACAGGCUUCCGCAUGCCGCGCUCAGUCACCUCUCUGUGGUUCCUCAACCUGGCCCUGGCUGACCUGCUCUGCUGCCUGUCCCUGCCCCUCCUCAUGGUGCCCUUGGCCAUGGACCAGCACUGGCCCUUUGGCUCCGUGGCCUGCAAGCUGCUCAAGGGACUCAUCUACCAGGUCAUGUAUUGUAGCGUGCUGCUGCUAGUACUUAUCAGCCUGGACCGCUGGCUGCUGGUCAGCUUGCCCGUGUGGUGCCAGAACUGGAGGAGGCCACGCAAGGCCGCCUGGGUAUGUGUCGGGUUGUGGCUCCUGGCCCUGCUGGGCAGCAUCCCCCAGUUUGUCUACGUGAAGGAGGUCCAGCUAAGCACCAGUAAAUCAGAGUGCCUGGGAUCUCACACUAUAGUUAGCGCCUGGACUAUCACUACAGUACGCUUCCUGUUGGGUUUUGUGAUGCCAUUCAUCACCAUCGUAGCGUGUCAUUGGGUUGUGUAUAGCAAGGCCGGGCGGGGGUCUGGGGUGGGGUCUGGAAGGGUGAGUGAGGUGCGCUCCAGACGCACCUUGAGGGUCAUUUUUGCUGUGUUGCUGAGCUUCUUCCUGUGCUGGGUUCCACUGCACAUAUUGGAUUUCCUGAUCCUAUUGACCCCCCGGCACUCAUCGCACAGCGCCAACAUACAGCUGGCCCACACCCUGGCCCUCUGUCUUGCCUACUGUAACAGCUGCCUCAACCCUCUGAUCUAUGUGUGUCUGGGACGAGGCUUUAAGCAGAGUAUUAAUCGUUCCCUGCGCAGUAUGUUAAACUUCGCCACCGAGGAGCCGCUACCCAGAAAGAGCAUAUCCAAGAGCACAUCAGAAAGAACCCAGGAGAUGAAUAUAAUGUAAAGUUCUGUGUGUGUGUGUGUAAAUGGAGAUGUACUGCUUUAGCUGAGAAUUGUCUGCACCUGCUGAUAGGCUCAAGGCCGAGAUAGUAGAGUGAAAAACCACAGUGUAGACAUGUUUUUCUCAUCUUAGAUGCUUUGUAUCUAAUCAAAUGCAACAAUGUUAACUGCUUAAGUGAUCCCUUCACGCACCAAUCCCGUUAACUUCUUGGUGACAGGGGGCAGUAUUUUCACGUCCCGGAUGAAAUGCAUGCCCAUAUUCAACUGCCUGCUACUCAUCCCGAGAAGAUAAGAUAUGC